AUGACCAAGGUGGCGAAAGACAGGGAGGGGCCGGGCGGCCUGGACGCGCUGUACGCGUCCGAUGAGUUCCGGAUGUAUUGUUUCAAGGUGCUACCGUGCUCCAAGCACUACAGCCACGACUGGACGGUGUGCCCCUUCGCGCACCCGGGAGAGAAGGCCCGGCGGCGGGACCCGCGGGUGUUCCGCUACGCGGGCGUGGAGUGCCCGCACGUCAAGGAGGGGCUGAAGUGUCCGCGCGGCGACCUGUGCCCCUUCGCUCACAACAUAUUCGAGUGCUGGCUGCAUCCCACCAGGUACAGGACCCAGCUGUGCAAUGAGCCCGCAUCUUGUAGGAGGAAGGUGUGCUUCUUUGCACAUUCCCUGGAGGAGCUGAGGGAGCCGUCCAACCCACUGGAGGCAGUCCCCAGUGAAGGUGGUGCCAAGACCGCCAGACUGUCACUGGACAGUGGCACAAGCUCCAACCUUGCUGCCAUGGGUGCCUCGGGCAGUGCGCGACGCUCAGUGGACAUCCCCAAGUCCCCGCAGCCCUCCCCAGAGCAGCUCCAGGUGUCGGGUGGCCUUGCCAGCAUGCAUCAGAUACCUGGCGUGUCUGCUGCCCUGAACAGCAUCAGCCAGGCCUCUGGCUCCAACGCGUCCAUCCAUGACCUCGCAGGGCUUCUGCAACAGCUCACGGUGUCCAUGGGCUCGCAGCAGAUUCCACAGAACGAACGCAUCGUCCAGCUGCUGUUGAUGUUGCUGGGUGAGAUCGCCCACGCCAAUGGAGGGCAGCCUGCCGAGGGACACGGUGGUGAAGAAUCUGUGGGUGCCCCCCGGGCCACAUUCCCCAGGGUGUCGAUCGACAACCAUGGCUUGCAAAGGUCUCCGGGCUUGAACCUGGGCUUUGCUAGCAAUGGCGCAAUGCAGGGCCCCAGCGAUGUGGCCAACCAGGGUAUCCCGGAACACGCCCCUCUUAAGGCACCCCUGGGUCGGGUGUCCAUGGAUGGUGUCAUGAAUCCCUAUGGUCCGGGCAUGCACACCCGGGGGCCGUCCAUCGACGCCUUGGGUGCAGUGGCAGUGUCAGAAGCCCUCUCGAUGGGCUUGAGCGGGGUCAGGCGUGUCUCGGUUGACAGUGCCCUGCUGACAGGCUAUCAUCUACCCAUGCAGGGCACAAGGGUGGCCCCUGGGAUGCCAUACAGCUUCCUUGACGCCGGGAGGAUGGCCCCUAAUGUGGGCUUCAACCGCACUGUCGUUGAUGUCAACAUGCUGAGGUCAUCAACAGACAGCAGCCGCUCAGACGAGACGCAGAUGAGGAGGCAGUCCACUGACGCCAACCUGCCGGAUGCUUUCAUCCUGCAUUCCUGA